AUGAGCGGCACAAGCACACCGACACUGUCGGCUCCCGCCGCAGACGCGAACCGCAUCAUCGCCAUUGUGACGGGUGCUAACAGCGGUUUUGGCCUGGGUAUCUGCCACGAGCUGCUGCGCAACCUCUCUGUCGACUCUGGUGUGCCCGUGCCAAGCGCUGUCCCCCAGCUCGCCGCCCUGCCCUCUCCGCUCUCUGGCCUGCUCGACGGCCCCGGUGCAGCAGCAGCAAGCACUGCCGCGUCCCUUCCCCGCCCGCACCCGACCUUUACGCUCGUGCUCGCAUGCAGGAGUGAGAAGAACGCUAUUGCCGCCCGGGACGCUGUCCUUGCUCGUCACAAAAAGGACCUGGCAGCUCGCAGGCGAAAGGGCAUCCCCGUCCCGUAUGGCUGGGAGGAAGGCCUGCGGGUCGAGUACGAGCUGGUCGACCUCGACAGUGUGGGCGGCGACAAGGGCCUGUUGUCCUUUGCCCGUCGUAUUGGCGACAAGUACCCGCACGUCACGAGCUUGUUCCUCAAUGCCGGCUACGCGGCGUUCAAGCAGGUCGUCAUGGGCCGGUUCAUGAUGCAGGUCCUGACCAACGGUCUCAUCCACGCCCUCCACCGUCCCCGGUACAACAUUGAAAACGUCGGCGAGCGUUCGGCUGAUGGAGAGCGUGGAAGCGUGUGGGGUGUCAACGUGCUGGCCCCUUACAUUCUGGCCAAGGAGCUUACUCCCCUCCUCCGCGCGUCGCCCAAGACGCUCCCCUUCGAACCCCGUGUGGUGUACACCUCGUCGAUCGAGGCCGACGCCGAGGGCCUGAAGGAGGACCCUCUGGACGACUACCAGCUGCUUUCUUACGACGAGUCGUACCGCGCGUCCAAGUACAUGGGCGACCUGGUGCUCACCGCCCUCGACGGCGACCUCGGCGAGGAGGAGCGCCCCAUCCGCUGUAUCGUCGCCGAGCCCGGCUGCGUGUCCACCAACAUUGCGGUUGCGGGUCUGGGAGCGUGGCAGUGGCUCGUCAAGCUCAAGUGGUACUGCUACUGGCUGACGUUCUAUUUUGCGCACCUUAUCGGCUCGCCUUACCACCCUGUGUGGGCCACGGCUGGCGCCAUGCCCAUGCUGUACGCGGCGUUUAUUGCCGACACGUUCCUCCUCUCGGCAGCCAAGACGCCCGCACCCAAACUGCACGUCGUGUCUCGGCCCUUGCGUGCCCCGACCGUCAAGUAUGGCGAGGUGGACAAGUGGGACCAGAAUGCCGAUGUGGCCAAGGGCCUGGCUGAGCGCUGUGAGCAAAUCCGUCUCGACUGGCACAAGCGCGAGCAGGAGAACAAGUAA